AUGGACUGGAGCAGACACAGCAGCGUUGAUUUAGGGGUGUCGCUGGCUGUCCCGGCGGCUGUCUCGGUCUCGUUCGUCCUCUGGUCCAGUCCAGUGAACGCCGGCAUCCUGUCCGGUUUCUCGGGACUGGAGUUGACUCCAGGCCCCGACCUCCCCCGGCUCAAGUUCCUGGAGAAAUGGAAUGCGGAGAACCAGAAGAAGUACGCCGAAUUCGAUAACAGGUUCAAGAAGUCCAAGGUGCUGCAGGAGCUGCUCGAGAAGUCCCAGAAGAACAAAGAGAAGAACGAGAGGAUGAUCCAGGACAAGUACUGCCUACGGGGCGCCGAGUGGGGCGUCGGGGACUGCUCCACGGAGGGCAUGACCGACCAAGAACUGCUGGUCCACGCAUGA